AUGUCCUACAGGACACCGCAGAUCCUCCCCCCACCUCGGACCGACCAAGGUGCCACCAUGGCACCUCUUCCAAGCCUGGACGUACACACACAAGCCCUGCUGGAUGGACACAGGCAGGAGGAAGCAGUGUCACUCUGCUUACCUAAAAUGGCAGCUGCAUGUGCCGCAACGACUCCUACAAGCAACCAUGAUCCCACACUUCACGGUGGCAAGCUGCUAACACGCUCAGAUCGGCUCUGUGCAGCAUCGGAGUGGUGGGAGCCAGAGAAGUCAGUGGUACUAACACCACAGUGGCUAAGGCGACAGCGGAGAGGAGAGAACCCCAUGACCUACGUAGAUGAGCAGCACUCCCUCACUCGAGUUCAAAGAGCCGGCAAACAGAACAUUGCGGCUGCCACAUGA